CAUGGCUGCCGCGAUGAAGGCGCAGAAAACGGGACUGCUGGAACUUCGAGUGACCGUGGACCGCUGGAUCCGGGUGUUGGCCACACUCACCGAGGACACGCUCACAGUAAACCCCGGGGAGGGCGCCGAGGAGCCCGGGAAGCCCAACCCGAGUCCCGCCGGUGCUAUCAACGGAGACCCCCCGAACCUUAGCUCGUCCCCGGUCCCGGAAACCAUCACCAACGUGAAGCGCACCGUGCGAGUUACCAAGCAAGAUGUUGGUGGACUCGGGAUCAGUAUCAAAGGUGGGAAGGAGAACAAGAUGCCAAUCCUCAUCUCCAAGAUUUUUAAGGGCCUGGCUGCUGACCAGACUGAGGCACUUUAUGUUGGCGAUGCCAUACUAUCUGUCAAUGGCUAUGACUUACGGGAGGCCACACACGACGAGGCUGUGCAAGCGCUGAAGAAAACUGGCAAAGAAGUCAUCCUUGAAGUGAAAUACAUCAAGGAGAUGUCGGCCUUCUUUAAAAGCUCGGGGUCCCCUGGGGCCGGCCUCCCCUGGGACUCUCCCCCCUCCACGCCUCAGAGGGGCACUGAGCUCUCACCCGCUGAGGUGAAGGAGCCCCGCAGCAUCCCACUGAAGAUGUGCCAGGUGUCGCGAAAGCAGUGCCCCCCGGACACAGAAAACAGGUAUUUUGAGGUGAUUUCAUCCAGCAGAAAGAACUCUGUGUUCCUGCGAGCAAAAGACCCAGCCAUGGCCCAGUCCUGGUACAGUGCCAUCCAGGCUGGCGUUGCCAACCUUUUACCACGAGUGAAGGAGGAGAUGAAGACCAUGCAGCCUGGCAUGGAGGUCAAACAUCUGGGCUGGAUUACAGAGCAGGUGACCCAGGGCCCAGAGAGACCGGUACUGGCCGCAUUGACCGACAGAGACCUGCUGCUCUAUUCCUCCUUGCCCGAAAGCAAAGAGAGCCUCAGCAGUCCAGCCAAGAGUCACCCGCUCAUUGCUACUAGACUAGUCCACUCUGGCCCAGGAAAAAGUUCUCCUCUCCUGGAUUCUGACCUCUCAUUUGGCCUGCGUUCUGGCACUAAGCAAGGCGUGGAGACCCAUGUGUUCAGGGUGGAUUCUGCCAAGGAGCUGUCCACCUGGACUCAUCUGCUGGUGGAGGGUUGCCACAAUGCUGCUGAGCUCAUCAAGGAGGUCACCACGGCCUGUAGUUGGAAUGGGAAGGAGUGUACCCUAGGAGUGCACAUUGAUGAGGGCUUCACACUGUUCACAGAAGAAAUGGGUGUCAGGAAAAGUAUUCUGCUCCAGCAGCCCUUCGAGCGCCUAAGAAUGUCCUCAGACGAUGGUGUUCGCAUGAUGUUCCUCGACUUCGGAGGCCCUGAGGCAGAGAUUCAACUGGACCUCCACUCUUGUCCCAAGACCAUAGUCUUCAUCAUCCACUCGUUCCUGUCUGCUAAGGUCAAGCGACUUGGCCUUCUGGCAUGAUAAUGGCCACCCAUCCAGAACAUCAACAAUAGGAAUAUUCAAUAAAACACACAGCCCAGAAGACUCUGAAACACCAGAGGAUGUGGCCCAGGAAAAGACGCUGACUCACCCCUUCUUCUCAGCCUUCCCUUAGGCCUCUAAAAUCAUCACCACCUCUGGUCAGGUACCUGCUGGUCUUCUGGGGGAAUGAAGAGAAAACUGCAACACGGACCUUUGUUGAACUUGUAGUUGUACGGUAAAGAGAGGUUUUGCAGAUGGCGUAGCAGCCAUUUAAGGGAUCUGACACCUGUCAAAUCUGUUGCAGUAGGUCAUGACACUUUAUGAUGGCAAACUGUGUGAAUAUGACAGCCUGCAUCUCAGUGUUUCUAAGCUUGAAGUCUCAACCAUUUCAUGUUUUUUGCCCCAUUGUUCAGUUUUGUUUUGUUUCAUGAGUCACGGCAGGCCUUUGUCACGAGCGUCCUUUCAUCUCUCAGUCUUCGCUUGAUGUGCUGUGAGCAGUCAUAACAACAGUUAUUUCACAAAUGUCCUGAUUGAUGUUGGACAAACAUUUGUGUAUAAAGGCAGCUUCAGUGGAGUGACAGAAUGACAUGACUGAUCACUGCAUGAUAAAUAGCCUGUACUGAACAAUGUACAGAAAACACCUGCAACGAUAUGCUUUUUGUGUGAACACUUGAGUUGCCUUUACUCUGGAUUUUCAUGAAAGAAGCUCCGUGCUUUUUGUUUUAGACAACUUCCAAACGCCAGAUCAUGUAUAUUUCACAUUACAGCUGAACACGUUUUUAUUUUAUUUUCCUCUCUAAGUGUGUUCAUAAUCCAUGGCCUAACAAAGAGAAAUAACUAACAGAGUAUAUUAUAAAAGGCUUUUUUUUAAUUGUGUUGUAGCUUAACCAAUAAAUUAGAUAAAAUCUUGUAAUUUUCCUAACAAAACAAAGACAUCCUCCUGGAAUCUGGACGGCUUUCGCCAGAUAGUAUGCAGUUUCAUUUAAUGUCAGCCCAUGCGAAGUACAAAAUAAGAGCUCUUGUGUUUAGUACUGACAAAGGCUGCCACAUCAUUGUGUAUUGAUAGAUGACAAACAGUUGUGUGAAAGAGUGCCGGUCCAGCUAAGCUCCUCCUCCUGAAUGGAUAAGCUACAAGACCAGAGUCUUAGCUCUUAGAUAAAGCUAUUUUAUAGUACAGUGUUUUGUCUGUACUUCACAAUUUAAUCACCUGAGAGGACAAACAGGCUUCAUCCGAAAGCACCAAUGGUCCAUUUUACACCAUUCGACCAACAUUUAAAGAUGUUAAUUCACCAUAUGAACGCUGUGGACUUGUUUACAUCAUAAAGUGUUGUGAUUAUUUUUUUCUUUAUUAUGUGUCGACUGAACAUCCACAACUUCUCUCUGUGUCCAACACUAAACAGACUUGUAUUAAUAUAUAUUUCACAACUAAACCUUGUUUGCUUUUAAAAAUAAAAUGUAUUGUAUAUUCUUAUUUAAACAAAGGUGUGCCUUGCAGGGUUGUUUGUAUAUAAACAUGUAAUAAACUUUGUUAA